CGUCUCUUCCCAAACCCGAGGCGACCUAGCCAGCUCUACCGCCCAAGCAAAUCAAGCGCCGGCGCAGGUCGGGCGAGCUCCACCACUUUGCAGGACCGGGGCGAGCUCCAUCCCUACCUUCCGGCGUAGAGAGCAGUGUGGCUCAUUGUUGAAGUUGAUACGUACCAUGGUAAGAUGCACUAAGCUUACAAAAGGGUGAAGCUCUGAAGUUUCAUCUUCUAUAAGUCCGAGUCAAUCCACGACGACUAUUAGUGCAAAAGAACACACUUAUUCACACACAGCAAGAUCGAGACCUCCAGCUAAAACAUAGCCUUUGAUAUUAGAAGUUGUAUUUUCAGUGGUCAAAGGGAAGGAAUCAGAAAAGAGGGACAAAGUAUGGCUCCCCUGACUCCCAGACUUGUAGUGCCCAUAGAUGUGAAAAAGAAGCCUUGGGAACAAAAGGUUCAUCUCCAUAACCGCUGGCAUCCAGAUAUCCCUCCUGUUGCUGAUGUAACUGAAGGGGAAUUAUUCCGUGUUGAGAUGGUCGAUUGGACUGGAGGACGGGUGAAAGAUGAUGACUCUGCAGAUGAUAUCAAGUUUCUGGACCUCACAAUUACUCAUUAUCUUAGUGGCCCGUUUAGAGUAGUUGAUGCUGAAGGGGUUCCAGCUUCACCCGGUGAUCUUCUUGCGGUAGAGAUCUGCAAUCUCGGUCCGCUUCCUGGUGAUGAGUGGGGUUAUACUGGAAUAUUCGAAAGGGAAAAUGGAGGUGGAUUCUUAACUGACCACUUCCCAAGUGCAAGAAAAGCCAUUUGGUAUUUUGAAGGAAUUUAUGCAUACUCCCCUCAGAUACCUGGCGUUAGGUUUCCAGGUUUAACUCAUCCUGGUAUAGUCGGAACUGCACCAUCAGUCGAACUUCUUAAUAUAUGGAAUGAAAGGGAAAGGAAAUUGACUGAGACAGGUCAUGAGUCUCUGAAACUGUGUGAAGUUCUACAACAGAGGCCCCUCGCUAACUUACCAACCUCCAAAAACUGCUUACUUGGAAAGAUUGAAGAAGGGACCGCUGAAUGGCAAAAGAUUGCAAAUGAAGCAGCAAGAACUAUUCCUGGAAGAGAGAACGGGGGGAACUGUGACAUUAAGAAUCUAAGCAGAGGUUCCAAAGUUUAUCUACCAGUAUUUGUUGAAGGAGCAAAUUUGAGUACUGGUGAUAUGCACUUCUCCCAAGGUGAUGGCGAAGUCUCAUUUUGUGGAGCAAUAGAAAUGAGUGGAUUCCUUGAGCUAAAGUGUGAGAUUAUAAGAGGUGGGAUGAAGGAAUACUUGACUCCUGUUGGUCCGACAGCACUUCAUGUGAAUCCUAUCUUUGAGAUAGGUCCAGUGGAGCCACGUUUUUCAGAAUGGUUAGUCUUUGAGGGCAUCAGUGUAGAUGAGUCUGGGAAACAGCAUUUCCUUGAUGCAUCAGUUGCCUACAAGCGUGCAGUUCUCAAUGCCAUUGAAUACCUUUCCAGAUUUGGGUACUCCAAGGAGCAGGUCUAUCUUUUACUAUCAUGCUGUCCAUGUGAGGGUAGAAUAUCUGGAAUAGUAGAUGCUCCUAAUGCAGUGGCGACACUUGCCAUCCCUACAGCAAUAUUUGACCAGGAUAUAAGGCCAAAGCGCCUGGGGCAUGGACCAAAAUUGAGAAGAACUCCGGAUGUUCUGAGCUGCACGGGGGAUAGACACCUUCCUGCAACACAAGACCAAAGUGGAGCAGUGACACCAUAGUGACAAACAUCUAAAAAUCAAUCCAUGAUGAGCAUGUCUUCACUUUAUAAUUAUAAAUACAAACAAUCAUCUCUGGACGUGCAACCUUGUGUGUGGAACAUAAGUUGCAAUAUGGGACUUGUGUGUUGCUUAUAAUCCUGACGAUCAAACACUUACAUGUUUUAGGCUAGUGUCAGUUUUUAUCUCUCAGUUAGCCAAUUGUUAUUUAUUCAGUUAAGUCUCAGUUUAGUUGAAUAACUGUCAGUUUGUUGAGGUUCUUGAGCUGACCGAGUAGUUAGUCAGGUGCACAUGUUGUGUCGUGGGAUGGCACGAGGUCACAGACGUGUAUCGGAUCUUGGCCAUGACUGAGCGGUCGUGGGGUGGCACGAUUAGUAGCAGCUCAGGGCAUGCCACUUAAAUAUAUGAUCUUGAGUUAUGAGAAAAGGUGCAAGUUGUUGAUCGCAGCACAAAAUCAUCGUGUCCAAAACUGUCUUUGCUGUUCAUGUUCAGCUGCAGGUCUGACAUUGUGGACACUUGAUAAUUUAUGUAUUAGAGAAUCACCAUAUACGGAGACAGAGAUAUGCCAUAUAUGUUUCCUGU